AUGUACCGGAUGCCGCACAACCCGGGAGGACAAGGCGGGGAAAGCGAUUGCUGGAUGGAUGGCUAGCUCGAGAAAAACAAUGGAUGAAUAGAGUGAACGUGAGCAGCAGGUUUUCUUUUAACAACUGUCUCCAUCAACCUCAUCCUCCUCAUCUUCACACGAGCAGCGAUGGCGGGCCCGGAUCAGCAGAAGCAGCCUCAGCAGCAGGUGGAGGAGGAGAAGGCCGAGCACAUCGAUGAUGCGGAGAUGGCGCUGCAAGGCAUCAACAUGCUCCUCAACAACGGCUUCAAGGAGAGCGAUGAGCUAUUUAGGAGAUACCGGAGUCAGAGUCCGCUGAUGAGCUUCGGGGCAAGUUUUGUCAGCUUCUUGAAUGCCAUGAUGACAUUCGAAGAGGAGAAAAUGCAGACGGCCUGCGAUGACCUGAAGACCACCGAGAAGCUGUGUGAGAGCGACAGCGUCGGCGUGCUGGAGACCAUCAGGAACAAGAUUAAGAAGAGUAUGGACUCUCAGCGGUCCGGAGUGGUGGUGGUAGACCGCCUGCAAAGACAGAUCAUUGUGGCCGACUGUCAGGUUUACUUGGCCGUGCUGUCGUUUGUCAAGCAGGAACUCUCAGCGUACAUAAAAGGUGGAUGGAUACUCCGCAAAGCGUGGAAGAUGUACAACAAAUGUCACAGCGACAUCAGCCAGCUGCAGGACGCCUGCCAGCAGACCACCGCCGAGACCGCCGCCGCCGCCGUGCCCGACAAUGCCAACCACAAUGAGGUGGAGAGCGGUGUGACGUCCGAGGCCCUGGACCGCCUGAAGGGCUCGGUGAGCUUCGGCUACGGCCUGUUCCACCUGUGCAUCUCCAUGGUGCCCCCUCACCUUCUCAAGAUCAUCAACCUGCUGGGCUUCCCCGGAGACCGCCUGCAAGGCCUCGCCGCACUUGCCUACGCCAGCGAGAGCAAGGACAUGAAGGCACCUUUAGCUACUUUGGCCCUCUUGUGGUACCACACGGUAGUGCUGCCCUUCUUUGCACUCGACGGGUGUGAUUCUCACGCUGGCCUGACUGAAGCCAAAGAGAUCCUGCACAGGAAGUCGCUGGUCUACCCAAACUCCUCCCUCUUCAUCUUCUUCAAGGGGCGCGUACACAGACUGGAGUGUCACAUCAACAGCGCUCUGGCGUGCUUCAACGAUGCACUGGAACUGGCUUCAGACCAAAGAGAACUCCAGCACGUGUGUCUGUAUGAGAUUGGCUGGUGCAGCAUGAUCGAGAUGAACUUCGAAGACGCCCACCUGGCCUUCGAGAGGCUGAAGAAUGAGUCAAGAUGGUCGCAGUGUUAUUACGCUUACCUGACCGGAGUGUGUCAGGGCGCCUCGGGCGACCUGGACGGCGCUAGCGGUGUCUUCAAAGAUGUGCAGAAGCUGUUCAAGAGGAAAAACAACCAGAUUGAGCAGUUUGCUGUCAAACGGGCGGAGCGUUUGAGGAAGAUCUCACUCAGCAGGGAGCUUUGCAUCCUGGGCGUCAUUGAGGUGUUGUACUUGUGGAAAGCGCUUCCCAACUGCUCGUCGUCCAAGCUGCAGGUCAUGAACCAAGUGUUGCAGCGUCUUGACGAGGCGUCGUGUCGAGGAUUGAAACAUCUCCUGCUGGGCGCCAUCCACAAGUGUCACGGCAACAUCAGAGACGCCGUUCAGUCCUUCCAGAUGGCAGCCAGAGACGAGCACGGACGUCAGACCAAUUCGUACGUUCAGCCGUACGCCGUCUACGAGCUGGGCUGCAUGCUGUUAGCUAAACCUGAGACAGUGGGGAAGGGAAGAUCGUUCCUACUCCAAGCAAAGGAGGAUUUCACGGGCUACGACUUUGAGAACAGGCUUCACGUGCGCAUCCAUUCGGCGUUAGCCUCUCUGAAGGAACUCGUGCCUCAGUGACUCCAGAUGGGGGUCGGCGUUAGUCUUUUUACAUCAUCUUUUAACCCACGAACUGAAUCUGUUAAAGGAAACCUCCAGACCCAGUUUGAAAAUCACUUAUUUACUCAUUGUACAAUGUUAAGAUACCAGUGCCGGAUGCAAACUUAAGUCUGUACAUUCAAGUACUGUAUUUUUGUCCCACUUGCAACAAACGGUGCCGUGUUUUGACAAGGUUUUCGCCCAUGUAAAAAUGCUUUCACCUAUUGUAUGAUUUAGCUCAUCACAACAAGCACCUGUGCACACAUUAAGAUGUUUGAUGCAGGGAAAAGAACUCAAUAUUUAUUGUGAUUGCCUCAAAUACAGUUUUAACAGAAUUUUUGCCACACAAAUGUUUUCAAAACGGUUUUAACAGAAUUUUUCUCAGUGUUAUAACACAUUUGCCUGCUGUGAAGUAUGUUUCGUUUGCCACUGUUGCAAAUUUCUUCAAUUUGUGAUGGUCUCUUUACAUCGAGUGUCAUCCUUAAUUUUCGUGUCGAUUUUGAUGAAUCUCCAACAAAAAGCCACUCCGAGAAGAUGGAGGAAAUUGUGCUAUUUAUCGUGUUUGUUAUUCCUCAUCUCUGUGAUGAACGUGGAAGUGUGCGAGUGGUCCGUUUGUCAAGUAAUGUUUUGAUCCACAUUUCAGUUCAAAUGUCACUCAACUCUACAAUAAACUCUUUUCCCUCAAA